AUGUACGACGGAAAGCAAUUAGACUUGCAAAUAAUGGAAAGAUAUGAUGUGGUUGUGUUCGAGCUUCAUCUACGACGGCGGAUGUUGUAUUUUAUGUAUAAUAUCAUUUAUCCAUGUGUUAUGCUUUCGAUCCUUACUCUCAUGCAGUUUAUUUUGCCAUGUGAGAGUAGCGAAAAGGUAACCCUUGGACUAACCGUGCUCCUGGCGUAUUCCGUGUUUUCAUUCAGCAUCGCGGAAAGUAUGCCAGAAACGAGUGAUGUGAUUCCAUUGAUUGCAAUAUAUUUAAUGGCAAAUAUGGGAUUGUCGGCCGUCUCAGUUGCGUUUUCUGUCCUUGUUCUAAACCUACGACACGGUGUGGAAAAUCGAUCCAAAAUGCCGUCAUUCGUCCGCUUCAUCGGCUUUAAAGUGAUUGGACGGAUUGUCGGCGCUGGGUUGAGACAGCCAGCACCCCCGAAAAAGCGUUCUUAUUUGGAUUCAAUCAAUGAAGAUAACCAGGCAAGC